AUCAAUGAGUCGAGUCGAGAGACGAUUGUUUGCAGGAAUGUUUAAGUACAUCGUUGUUCGUCAAAGUUAGGGCAGUUCAACGACCAAAAGACAUCCUCGAAGGCCAUUUCGGGCUUGAUUUAAGAAAUUUCAUGUAAGUAUUCGAUGUUGGGGAAUGUUUUGAAGGAAUCCACAACAUCGGAGAAGAUACAUAUAACAAAGAAUGAGUGAGUCAAACCAAAACAUUUCCACCGACAUUGCCGACACCAUGGCCGAUACCGAUGAAUUGUCCGCCAAUGAUCCGCAGAAUCACCGCAUACCGAAAUGCGCCCGCUGUCGUACACACGGUACGGUGUCGUCUUUGAAAGGGCACAAACAUAAGUGUCCGUGGCGGGAUUGCGCAUGCAGCAAGUGCAAGGUAAUCACGGCCCGUCAGCAAAUCACAGCAGCCAGAGUGGCGUUGCUAAGACAACAACGAAAAGUUUACCAAGACAGUGGGGUUGAUGCAGGUGGAGAGUGGACGGAUGAAAAGACAGCAAUGGAGACACGACCGUCCAUGGUUUCGGUGAACACUACACGAACUCAUGAAAAUGCCAACACAAACGGAAAACAAGAAACGCCAGUUUCCCCCGUGCAAGAACCGAGCUCGUCUGAUGACGUCUGCAGGCCACAUCGCCUAUCUGAAGAAGAUACAUCAUUUCGCGCGAUAAUCAAAACGGAGCCUGACGACAAGCCUGCGGAUGAAAACGAUCUUGGACCGAGUCCAGACUCGACCCCAAUUCCUCGCCAGCCGAAUCUCAAGCGCUCGUAUAGUGUCGACUCUCCUUUUUUCUCUGCCGAGACUGGAAAGUGGAAUAGAAAUUCAAAAAGGUUAAAACAGAUCCUUUGGACGUAAUGUGCAAAGCCUUUCCAUGUCAUGGACGCGAUGUACUCGAGAGGAUACUACAGGGAUGUGGGGGGAAUGUGGUGCAAGCAAUAGAAUGUGUUUUAGAGAACGAAGCACCUCAUAUUUUACAGGCUCCUAUACCCCUCUUUCCUAGUCCAAACAUUCGACCUCCAAUCUUCCCAGGCUACACAGCUCAUGGUACAACCUUACAAGGCCCGGGCGAAUAUGUAAGAGAGGACCACAUGCCAAUGUAUACCCAGCGAUCCAAAUUGAACCCGCAAGCACUGUUGCCAUACGCCACAUUGAGGGAAGACGAGUCGCGUAAGGAACGCCCCGGAUCGAGAUCUGAUGGGACGAAAAUCUAUUGCACGAAUUGCGGGCAAAAAUUUCGAGAAAAUGA